AUGUAUUCAAUGGAAUCGUAUCUUUGCCCUACAAUGGAAGCUUCGAGGUAUAUGGUUGGGGCAGAGGGCAGCAUGGGAGGCUUGGAUUUGGAGAUGAUAAGAGCAGCAAAAUGGUUCCUCGAAAGGGUACAACUUCCAGCUGGGGAAGACAUUGUGCAGGCUCUGAGAUAUGAUAGUGUGUCUUGUCGGGGCACUCACUCUGUUGCAUUAACAAAGGACGGUCGGAUGUAUUCAUUUGGGCAUGGAGACCAUGGGCGUCUUGGAUAUGGCCGUAAGCUUACGACUGGUCUUCCAGCAGAAGUGCCCAUAAACAGUUAG